UACCCCCUUGUACAGCUGGCAGUGACGUCAGCGAGUGCGCGUUCUCGCAUCCCCAGCAAGUGCGGGGCGCUGUGGGGGCGCGCUGGCGCGGUGCAUUGUGGAUACGCGGUGACGUGUUCCCCCGGCCGGACCCAGGAUGGCAGACGAGAGCAGGCAGAACAAGCUGGCGUCGGCCCGGCGGAAGCUAAAGGAGUUUCAGCAGAAGGCGACCGUUCCGGCGCCAACAGGAGGCAAGAAAAAGAAAAAGUCCAAAGAAUCUGAUCCUGAUAACCCAGCACGGCUCUCUCCAGACCCAAUACAGGCCUUUCUGAAGGGGCUGGUGUCAGAUCUUCAUAGAUCCAAUGGGGUAUCAAUCCCUUCACUGGCCACUAUGAAGGUGCUUUCGGAUAGUGACAUUAACGCACAUGAGGCUGACACACUAGCCGAGGAUGGCUCGGAGAAUUGUAAAACCCCCACCAUGUCUCACCCUGAUAACCCCAUAUUCCAGGAAAAUGAAUACGAUGGCAGGAAUAUACAGCCAGCAGAGAACAGGUCUCUCUCGUCAACAGAUAGCCUCCGGCAACUUUCAGAACAACUUAACGGACUUGUGUCACAGUCAAAUUCCUAUGUUAAUGGAGAAAAUAUCAUCUCAGCGAGCAGCCCAGAACUGGAGUCUCGUUUCCAGGAGCUGGCUGCUGCUCUGGACUCCAGCAAUCUAACAAACAAGCAACUCAGUACAAAGAUAGAGGAACUGAAACAGCAAAAUCAAGUGAUUUCAGAUCAGAUGGAAAAGGAGAAAAAGGGAUUUGAACAGAAGUUUGUGAAGGAGCAAGGUGCUCUAAGGGAACAACUGCAGGUUCAUAUUCAGACUAUUGGCAUCCUGGUCUCAGAAAAAUCGGAACUGCAAACAGCCCUUUCUCACACACAGCAGGCUGCACGGCAAAAAGCAGCUGAGGCUGAGGAUCUUGCCCUGCGAUUGCAAUCUACCAGACAAAGAGUGACAGAGCUGGAACGGACUCUCUCUUCCAUCUCAGCACAGCAGAAGCAGGUGGAAAAGCUGAAUAAGGAACUGGAGAAGGAACGUGAUAGCCUUCGGCUUGAGUCCUUAAAGAACAGUAAAAGCAACGAGGAGCUGAAGCAGCAAAACUCUGAGCUCUCCGAGAAACUGAACACACUUAUUUCUAAGAACGCAGCCAUGAGGUUGGAGGCGGGAGACCUUAUGAAGAAGCUGGAGAUGGCGGAGCUCAUGAUUCAACAGUUCUCCAAUCAGACAGGAGCGCCGGACACAAAUCAGCAGCUUCGGAUGGUUUUGGAAGAGCGAGACCUGCUUGGAGCACAGUUAACACAGAUGUCGGAGACUCUUCAGCAACUAACAACUGAACGUGACCAGUACUUAGAGAAACUCAAGGAAGAGGGGGCUAUCUGGCAGGAAAGAGUCCGACUUCUUUCUGAACAGAUCCAGACCUUGGGCCAAGAGAAACAGACAGCUCAGGUACAGGUAGAACAGUUGGAGACCAGGGUGACAGAGCUCCUGCUGGCAUCAGCUGCUGAACCAACAGACACUGAGCCCACACCCCCUGCCGGACCCUCUGAAACUGAACUGGCCCUCCACCAAGAGGUGGAUCAGCUACAGCAGAAUUUUAGUGAUCUGCAGGCAAGGUAUCAGGCCCAGGUGCAAGACAACAGUCAGCUGAGCCGGCUGAACCAGGAACAGGAAGAGCGGCUACUGGAACUGGAGAAGACGUUACAACGCCAGAGUGAAGAAAACGUAGACAAGCAGCAGAUCCUGGAAAACAUGCAGAGCGAUAAAGCCACCAUUAGCCGGGCACUGACCCAGAACAGGCAACUGAAGGAACAUUUGGCCGAGCUCCAGAAUGGAUUUGUCAAACUGACAAAUGAAAACAUGGAGCUCACCAAUGCAUUACAGAGUGAGCAGCAUGUGAAAAAGGAGCUGGCCAAGAAGCUGGGGCAAUUACAGGAGACCCUGGGCGAUUUCAAAGAGCAGCUGGCUGCAAAGGAGCAGGACAUACAGAUUCUGCAGAGUCAGCGAGAUGAGGUCUCCGCUCACCUCCAGCAGUACAGUGCAGCAUAUCAGCAAGUCUCCAUUGAGAAAGAGGAGAUCCAGAGGCAGUAUCUGCUGCAGGCUCAGCUGAUGGACAGAUUGCAGCACGAGGAGGUGCAGGGGAAGGUCAGCGCAGAGAUGCACCUCAAGGAGUUGCAACAGAGCAGAGAAAACCUGGAGCUUCUCACUAAAGAAAACCAAGAGCUGAGAGCGCAAGUGCUACAGAUCCGGAGUGAGCCAGACAGCCGAGUGCUCAAUAGGAUGGAAGGAGAUGGAGUGGAGAGUGAAGUGUAUGAAGAUGAGAUUCUAAAGACUUCACUGGACAUCCCUGAGGACUUUGAAAACAGAGAAGAGAUGGUAGCAUUUAUAAGCACAGCCAUAGCAAAGGUGCAAGGGGAACGGGAAGAAACGGAAAGACAGCUGGCGGAACAAAAGCGGUACUGUCAAGGUCUCUUGCGUCAGAUAUCGGAAAUAAGGCGGCAGCAGUCAUCUGGGACCAUGCAUCAUGCAGCAGAUCUCGGUAUGGACAGCAUUCCCAGAGAGGUGUAUGAUGCAUUGCAAAGUGCCAUGGAGAAGUUACAGCUCCGGUUUACCGACUUGAUGCAGGAGAGGGUAGACCUGAAGGAGCGCGUAGAAGAGCUGGAGCAUCGAUGCAUUCAGCUGUCAGGAGAGACAGACACUAUUGGUGAAUACAUUGCACUUUAUCAGAGCCAGAGAGCUAUACUGAAGCAGCGUCACAAGGAAAAGGAGGAGUACAUUAGCCGACUGGCUCAGGACAAGGAAGAGAUGAAGGCGAAGCUGCUGGAACUGCAAGUCCUGGUCAUGAGGCUGGUGUCUGAGCGCAAUGAGUGGUACCGGAGGUUUGUGGAAGCCACCCAGGGUCCCCACAUAGGCUCCCCAGAGUUCCCUGCAGAAAAUCUUAUGGCACUUGAGGCAAAAGAAAAUGGAGCUCUGGAGGAAGUCAGCUUAGAAGAGGAUGGGGAACAGGAGGAAGUCCAGUUGUUGUCACAUUUGGCAGCCCCUCAGGAAGGACCAAACCCGAGCCCUGAAUCAGAAGACCCAACCACUAAACAAAUUAUGCAACUUCUGCAUGAGAUACAGAACCCGCAGGAACGGCCCAGCGCCCUGCUGCAAAAUCCCUGCAUCCCCUUUUUCUACCGUGCUGACGAGAACGACGAGGUCCGAAUUAUGGUGAUUUGAGGGGGGGGAGGAGUUGACCGAUCUGCCCAACCCUCCUCCUUUCCAUGCCAACACCUUCUUGUGCUGGAAUUCAUUUUCUCCAAGGACACAUUAGAAGUGAUUACUUUGGGAUGGGGGAGGGCUGGAGAUUGGCUGUUAGUGGGAUGGAUGUAGAGAACUGUUGCCUUCCUGCGCUGAAUGGGGCUCAGUGAAUAAUCUGUGAACCAGGAAAUGUGCAGUAUUGCCUUCCACCCAGGCCAAUGGAUUGUACCAUUCAGCACCGGCUCUAGUAAUAAGCUGCUAUUUCCAUCUGCUCCCCUUGGAGGGGCUCAACCACAUCCACUUGAAUAGUCGCUCUAAUUUCCAGAAUUUAUUUUUAUUUGUACAUAUCUGAAGCACUACUGUUUGGUAUGAUGUUGACAGCAAGGAGGAAUGGUGGUUUGGGAAUGAAGUGGAGAGUUAGACUGUUGCAGAUUCAAGUCCUUAAUCCUUGGUCUUGUACCUGACUGGUGUAAAGGCGAAGGUGCCCGACGUAGAAUAAACUGUUCAGGCUGGCAGAGCAGAAGAGAUUGUAUAAGGAAUCCUUUGUGACUCCAGGAAAGAGUGCUUAUUCUAGAACUUUAUUUUAGAACGUUGGCUAAAGGCAGGCUAUGGGCGUUGCAUGUUACUAUGCAGCCCAUGGAAUCUCUUCCCUUGCAUUGAGCCCAUCCAAUAUCCAUGACCUGCGUGGGAAGAGAUUUUAGACUGUUUUAACAUCUGCAGAAAUGAACCAUACAUUCUACAUAGAAAGCUGAGAAAUGGGCAGAACACAAGAUAUUUUGAAAGUGAUAAGAUGAAGUGCAGGGAGGUUAAAGAGGCUGUAUCCAAAGUCAGUUCUUUUAAUAGAAUGCUAGUGAUCUAUCUGCUGAUGACUGAAAAGCAAGACUGGACCCAGUCCGUUGUUAGUCAGCUCUGCAGUCUGGUGGUACCAGUACAGUCCAGCUUCAUAAAAGGCACAAGGGGGUUUCUCUUCCGUGUUUGUUUUUAUAUAAGGAGUAGCAGAAGACAUAGACCUGAGCAGUUGAUAAAUAAUACCCUGACAAGCAAUUACACAAGCUGAACCAUAUUUAUUGCAUAUUUAAAAAAAUCAUUGCCCUGCAGUGCACCGUGCACCUUGAGAUCCUGUGGAAUUUGCACCUCUCUGCUUAAAGGGGACAUGGACCCUACUGUAUGACAAUGUCCAGUGUCUUAAGUGCCCUGAACACUUUUUCUAUUUACAUUCAUUUAGAUUUCAUGAUAUAAACAAUGUUUCCAGUUUUUUUUAGCCCAGGCGCCGGCUGGAUAGAGCAGCAAAAGCUGCCCUAUCCAGAGCGGUCAUCUCAGGGAACACAGGGAACGUAUGGGGCUAAGCUCCACCUUCCACAAGGCAGGACACUGUGACACAAAGUGUCCUGUUUCUAGGAGUUGGACCCCCCAUGUCUCUAGUGAGACCCUAGAGGAAAUCAUCGGACAGUGAUUAGCACUGACACCUGGGCAAAACCUGGAGCAGGACUACCUGCCUCCUUACGGGUUAAUCCCCCUAAUCUAAAUAGCCACCAGGGGUCUGCACGUAGCCUGCUCAUGUCUAUACUGUAAUACAGAAGGCCUGGCUUGUAAGGGGUGUGGGAGUGAGUAUGCUGCUCAGCCCUCUUGCUCUUCCUGCUGCUGUGCUUCUGCUCCUUACCCUCCCAAAACAUCCAUCCACUUUCAACCCACCUCUGACUGCCGGCCCCAGCUUACCCACAAAAACUUAUUUUACUGAAGCAGGAAGUGUUUGCUGACGCUUCCCUGCUCAGCUCUCUUGUACAGUGUGACAGGAGCAAUAGACCCUUUCUGCCUCAGUAUAUUAAGCUGUUGUUGCUGUUCUGCCAGGGCCGACAGGGGGUUACACAUUCAUGAUAGCAGCAGCAUCAAACUGCUCAUAUCAUAAAAUCUACAACAAAAUUAAUAUUGUAAAUUGCGAACAGGCACACUGAGCUGUUUUGCUUAAGUUUCAUGUCCCCUUUAACAGCGAAGCUUUACAAUUAUCCAGGGUCAUGCACUAACACUAACCCAGCCAAGUUUGCCGUAGCACUUGAACCCGGGGCAGCCAAUCAAAUAAUUACUUUCAUUAGAUAACUAACAGCUGAUUAAUUGCCGUCAGCAGUUUGCCUUCUACCAUAACCCAGUUCUCUAACCUAAUUGACCUGGGUUAAUAUCCCUUUGCAUUCCUUUGAAUUGCUCCCAUUGUAUGGGCCGCCACAUGGGGGCAGAAGACUUGUAUAGGCUGGGCUUUUCUAGUACUUUCAGUGGAGGAAAGGAGCAGGUUUCUCAUAGUGACCCAGUGAGUAUUUCUUUUGUACCAGGGGUAGGUAAGAGGGUCCCUCAAGCUCCCCCUAAGCUGAAGUGUUCCCUGUACAUAGUGUACGUGUGUAACAUUUUGUAUAUUCUUGGAACUGCCACCGGAUCUCCAGCAGCGUUUUUGGCUGCAGGCUAAUGGUUAUACUGUAUUAUAAAAUGAUGGAGCUUCUAUAGAAGCGGGUCUGUCAGCUGAUCAGAGAAUUAUUAACGGGGUAGGGUGGGUUCUAAUUUAUUGGGUGUUAUCACAGGUCAGGGGAGCUACACUUUCCAUUCUGUUUCCAAAAUGAUUUAAACUUAUUGGAAAUAUGUUUUCCUUUCUGAAUAAAUGUAUAUUCAGUAAAUCAAA